AUGGCGGCGGUCUCCAUUACCGGGAAUGCUAUUGCGAUUGAUUCGCAUCUGUCUAUGCAUGAUUUUGAGAUUCUUAAAAGGUUUAAAAUUAUCAUUCGUCCACCACGUGCUCCGAAUAUUUGGGAGGUGUUGUGGCAGCCCCCUCCGGGGACUUGGACUAAUUUAAACUAUGACGGUGCCUCCUUAUCUUCGGGUGUCUCUGCUUGUGGGGUUAUUUCUAAAGAUAAUCAAGGUUCGUUUUUGGGUGCUAUUGCUUCUCCUUUAGUUCAUUCUAACUCUCUCAUUGUCGAACUCUCGGGUGCAAUAUUUGCCGUUGAGUUCGCUCAUGAGAGGAAUUGGAAUUUUGUUUGGCUGGAAUUGGACUCAAAGGCGGUUGUUAGAGCUUUCAGUCCUCCAUAUAGUGUGCCUUGGUUGAUUAGAAACCGUUGGCUUGAUUGCAUCAACUUUGUGUCGAAGAUGAAUUUUUGUUGUUUCUCAUAUUUAUAG